GAAGACUAUUCAGUAGCUGCGAGACAUCGGCUGGCAUUGCGCUCGCUUUUGAAUCCGACCUCACUCUCGGUUAGAACAGAGCAAAAUGCACUUGACAUUCAUACUGAUUGGCCUUGUUAUCGCGUGUCUGGGAUUUGGGCUACCCACUCCCGCUGCCUCCCAGUUUUGGAAGAAAUCGAACAGUCCUGUAGUACAAUGGAAAAAAGAGACUCUGGCCGCAAGAGACUCUGGAAUCUGUUACAGAACUCAGAUUGUGGAUACCGUCAAUCCGAAUUCUAGAAACCGACAGCUCUCAUACUGCUGUGAUGGUUAUGUGAAUGAAGGAAGUUCCCAGAUCCUCAAAUGUGAGCCCAUCUGCCAUGAAGAUUGUUCGAAUGGCUUAUGCUUUAGGCCUGGACAUUGUGAGUGUGCUCCGGGAUACGUUCGAAUUAAUGGAAGGUGCCAUCACGAUGUUGAUAAUUAUUGAAAUAAAUAUGCACAAACUUUAUUGAA